UCUAUCUACCUAGUAUUUCAUUUAUUGUAAACCUCUAUAAGUACCUACCAUCCAAAUAAUAGAGAAGACUAUAUUAGGUAUGGAGGAGCGGGGAAGGAUGUUUGUGACGGUUUGAUAAUUAGCGUAUCUGUUACCGUUACCGUAGAGUGGAGGUCGGUAAGCGGGUCGGUGGGAGCGGUAGGAUCGCAACAUACGCCUUCUAACUACUUUCCCCUUCUCCAACAUUGACUGGAAGACAUCUAUAGUCCCAGGUUCAUCGGGAUCCGACGUCGGGGAGGUUCUCGCCUGGUGUCUUGUCGAUUAAAUGCCCUUCGACGAUUCCAAUGUAGAAUUUGUUGAAAUAUUAACUACUUACUUCUAAGUAGGUAGUCUUAUAUUUCAGACUUCUAACAGGCUUUGCAAUGCACAUUUUCCUACUAUAGCUCACCUAGCUAUGUCAUCAUUCAUCUACUUAAACUCUCCGGCACGAGACCGGCUGUAUAAAUCCGAAGGUGUACAGAGUGGAACUCGGGAGUCGGUUGUCCUUACAUUCCACAAGACAAUCCCGGAGUAUAACGAGACGAAACUCCACAGCUUACCGGAUGUGGCAAAAGAGCUGGGUCUUAGGCAUGUCCUAUUGAAAGAUGAAUCGAACAGAUUUGGUUUACCGGCAUUCAAGAUCUUAGGCGCAUCGUGGGCCGUGUACCGUGCCGUGGGAUCGCAUCUCGGGCUCCCGGUCCUAGACGCAGGCAUAUCCUUCGAAGAAGUUGGUGUCAAAGCUAGGGAAGCAGGAGUCCAGAUUGUGACAGUCACAGAAGGGAAUUGUGGAAGAGCUGUGUCGCGCAUGGCAGCGAAGCAUAUGGGAAUCCCGACAAAGGUGUUUGUGCCUUCAUUCAUGGACGAGAAGACGCGCGCCAAGAUAAGAAGUGAGGGGGUUGAGGUCGUAGCAAUUGAUAAGAGUUACGACGACGUCAUCCCCGUUGCGUUGGAGGAGGUGAAAGCCAGAGAAAAUACGAUACUGAUACUAGAUGUUAGCGUGGAGGGAUAUAGUACUAUCCCACAGUAUUUCGUCGAAGGAUAUAGCACAAUGCUUGCGGAGUCGGAUCGCCAAGUUCUCGAGUUGACGGGUGGGAAAGCGGCUAGUCACGCUAUUGUGCCUGUAGGCGCUGGAUCUAUCGGAGAGGCUGUCACAGCGCACUUUAAAAACAGCGCUCGGUGGAAGGAUUCCGAGCUGGUAAAAGUUCUAGGUGUUGAACCUAUCACGGCAUCAUGUCUCUUUAACUCUCUGAAAACAGGAAAAAGCGUUUCGGUGCCUACGGAGGAUACCAUCAUGUGCGGGAUGAAUUGCGGAACUCUAUCUACAACGGCGUGGCCUGUGCUUAGGGACGGCAUAGAUGCUGGUGUGGUAGUGAGUGACUUGGAAUCACACAACGCGGUCCAAGAACUUAAUGCUCGUAACAUUGGUGCCGGUCCUUGUGGUGCCGCUACACUGGCCGCGCUGAGGAGGGCUUGUACGGAUGCGAAACAGGAGUUAGGUCUCGAUGAUACGUCAAUUGUGGUGUUAUAUUGCACCGAAGGCCAGAGGGAAUACCCGGUGCCGCUGUAAGUUAGAAAUAACAUACCUAUUGAGAUUAAAGGAGUUUCGUAUAUUUCUGAAAUUCAUGCACAAGCUUCUUC